AAACUGUUGCGAUUCACAUGACGGCCUACGUUUACUGACACAGCUGCUAGCUGCUGCAGAUUUGUUGUGAAAAUAAUAUUCAAAAUAUACGUUGCAAACUCUCUCAAAAAGCUAAGAUGACAUCCAAGAUGGGAGUGAUUCAACUCUUCAUAUGUCUGGGCGUCAUUCUGCACAUAGGUCCUUUGUUUUCCAGUGCCACGAGCCCAGGAAUCCAGGCAGUUUUCAACCACACCUAUUCGGGAAAUGUUUCGGCAGGCAACGAGAAGCUGUACACGUUCACACACAACACGUCAAUGGACGAGGCGAUCCGAUUCCAAUUCCUCAGCGAAGAUGCGGUGCCAGACUUCCCGAUCCUCCUGGUGGUGAAACAAACCCGGAGUGUCUUGUCCUAUACUGUGCCUUACGUCUCACCCGACGGCCAAAAAUACGGCUCAGUAAGCAAGACGCUGUGCCCAGACUCCUCCAACCUAAACGCCAGUGUGGAGGAAACCAUCAUUGUGGUCGUCAGCACGUCAUCCGCCAUCGAAGUCAAUUUCACCCUGACCGGGAUGUUCGUAGACGAUUUCAACCUGCAAUCCAAUAAAAAUAUCACAUUCUUAAGUGAUCCAUCCGCACCUCAGUAUUAUCAAUAUGAAUUUCCAGAGGGAGUCGAUAUGGUAAUGGUGAGAGCCAAGUCCCCGGAUAAAGCAUGUGCCUAUCUUUCAGUACAGAAUGCAAAGUGUCCAAUCUUAGAUGGUGUUUCCACCGUGCGCUACAACGAGGGAUUUUUUCAGACGAUGACUAAACAGGCAGCAAUUACAGUUACGAGGGACAUGUUUAAUGGAUCUGACCUUUUCUUUGUUGUGGUGGUUGUGCAUUCGACCAAUGCAAUGUGCGACAAUACCUUCAAGACAUUGUCACCUCUCGAAGCUCAUUAUACAGGCUCAUCCAAACAGACAAAGAAUGUUACACUGACAGUGGAACGCACACUAGACAGUAAGUUCUAAAUUUACAUAUACACCUGUAGUUUCCCC